AUGGCCCCGCGGCCCCGCGGCCCCGCCACCGGACAGCGAUGGAUCAGCUCAAAGGGGAAGGUGGCCAUGCUGGGCCGGCGUCAUGUGGCGCGCGACGUGGCGGCCUGCGCGCUCGGCCGCGAGCUGCUCUUCUACUACGCGCACCGGGCGCUGCACACGCGCUGGCUGUACCAGCGCGUGCACAAGACGCACCACCGCUUCACGGCCCCCGUGGCCCUGGCCUCCGAGUACGCCCACCCGCUCGAGCACCUGGUCGCCAACGCGCUGCCCGUGGCGCUGCCGCCCGUGCUGCUGCGCGCCCACGUCGUCUCCGCCUGGGUCUUUGUCGCCGCCCAGCUGCUCGAGACGGCGGCGGUGCACAGCGGCUACGACUUCCUGCGCGGGCUGGCGCGCAAGCACGACCGGCACCACGAGCGCUUCAACGUCUACUUUGGGGGGCUGGGCCUGCUGGACUGGCUGCACGGGACCGACGAGGCGGGCGGGCCCAAGGCGGGCGGCAAGACGGAGUGA